GUUUGGUUGAUCCAAUGUAAUUUUGGAUUAGAUUUAGAGGUUAUUUAAUUAAUGACAAAAACUCACUAAAAUGAAAGUUAAAAAUGAUAUUUCACAGUUAUUUAUUACUACUAAAGCUAACCAGAACUAUUUGAAUGUUUGUGCACCUAUGGUCAGAUACAGUAAAGUACAAUUUCGAACACUCGUGAGAAAUUAUGAUACAGAUUUGACUUUCACCCCAAUGAUUUUAGCUGAUUCAUUUUGUCAGAAUGCUAAAGCUCGUUCAAAUGAAUUUACAACAACUGUAAAUGAUUCUCCACUGAUAGUACAAUUUGCAGCUAAUGAUAUAAAUGAUUUUUUGGAUGCCUCAAAACUGGUGUAUGCCUAUGCAGAUGGGGUAGAUUUAAAUUGUGGUUGUCCUCAAAGGUGGGCAAUGAAAGAUGGUUAUGGCUGUGCAUUAUUAUCUAAGCCAGAAGUAAUUCAUGAACUUGUGAAAAGUAUCAAGAAUAGUCUUCCUACUAAUUUCAGUGUGUCAGUAAAGAUAAGAAUAUUGGAUGAACUUAAAAAGACUAUCUCAUUAUGUCAACAAUUGGAAAAUUGUGGUGUAACAUUUCUUACAGUACAUGGAAGAACACCUGUUCAGAAAAGUAGUGAAGAUAUUGAUGUUCAUGCAUUGAGGAUUGUUUGUGAUUCAGUUACAGUACCGGUGAUUGUAAAUGGGGGUAUAAAAACAUUAUUUGAUGCGGAUAAUUUGUAUGAUCAAACCAACUGUAAUGGUGUAAUGGCAGCAAGUGGAUUAUUAGUUAAUCCUGCACUGUUUAGUGGAGCAAAAACAACUCCAGUCAGCUGUGUUAAGUUGUGGAUGGACAUUAAAAACAAAUAUAAAGAUAAAAUAACAUUUCAAUGUUACCAUCAUCAUUUAGUUUUUAUGCUUGAGAAAGUAUUGUCAAGACAACAAAAACAAGUUUUCAACAACUUAAGUACAUUUGAAAGUGUUGAUCAGUUUUUGAUCACUAAUUUGUUACCUUUGUGUGAUUGGGACUUGCCUGUAAAAUAUGACAUCGGUGACUUUAUUGAAUGUCAAUAUUCUGAUGAAAUAACAUUGAAGCACUCAAGUAAAUGUAGAACUUGUGGAAAAAGUAUAUGCUAUUGUAUUUGUAGUAAAUAUGACUAUGAUACCAGUUCUGGUAGUUAUUUCAAUUCAUAUGUGCAAAGUAAUGAUCAUUUAGAUUAUAUGGACAGUAAUAUGUUCAAUGAAACUUAA